UUUUUACAGUUCAAGAGGAUGCUCAAUCGAGAGCUUACUCACCUGUCUGAGAUGAGCCGAUCUGGUAAUCAGGUCUCUGAGUUCAUAUCCAGUACAUUUUUGGACAAGCAGCAUGAGGUUGAAAUGCCAUCACAAGCACAGAAAGAAGAAAAGAAAAAGAGGCCAAUGUCACAAAUCAGUGGAGUGAAGAAACUCAUGCACAGCUCAAGCUUAACAAAUUCCAGCAUUACAAGAUUUGGAGUCAAAACUGAUCAGGAAGACCUCUUGGCAAAGGAAUUAGAAGAAAUAAACAAAUGGGGCCUUAAUGUCUUUAAAGUUGCUGAAUAUUCUGGAAAUAGACCUUUAACAGUUGUCAUGUACACAAUUUUUCAGGAGCGAGAAUUAUUAAAAACUUUCAAGAUUCCACCAGAUACUUUAAUUACUUACUUGAUGACACUGGAAGACCAUUAUCAUGUCGAUGUGGCUUUCCAUAAUAACAUUCAUGCUGCAGAUGUUGCUCAGUCUACUCAUGUUUUACUGUCAACGCCCGCAUUAGAG